AUGUAUCUUUGCAAAUACAAAUAUAUCCAUCCAGGUGUGUACUCCUCAACGCCAACCGGCACCGAACAAGAGAUAGCUGAAAAGGAAAGACCCAAAAGAACUUUCCAUUGGAUUGGUGGUAUCAUGCGAAGACAAAGGGAAGACGUAUGCGGAGUUUUGACGGACAGUAAAAAUAAACUGCAAGUGGCAGGAGCUCUAGACAAAGUGAACUCCGUCAGAAAAACUAAAUCAGGUGACGUAGCCCUUUUAUUGAAAGAAGGUGAAAUGGAAGUCAAAAGCAUUAUAACGGAGCAACUUGAGAGGACAAAUGCCCGUAUCGUGGAUCAUCGCAGAACAAUACUACAUGUUAAGCAACUCGAUGCAAUAACAACAGCUAAGGAACUCCAAGGAAGACUGCGCGCGGAGACAGGAAAUGAAGACGUAACUGUCCGAUCCAUGAGACCGGCAUAUGGUGAGACUCAAUCGGCCACGGUUGAAGCAAACGAAGCAACUGCAGAGCACCUCUGUCAAAUAGGAAGAUUAAAGGUAGGAAUGGUGUACUGUUCUGUUAGCAGAAGAUUGGAUGUCCGGAGGUGCCAUCGCUGCUGGAGUUAUGGACAUAUUGCAACAAGCUGCCGCGGCGAAGACAGAAGAAACAAAUGCUACAACUGCGCACACGAGGGACAUAUAGCUAAUGCGUGCAAGAACCCAGCCUAUUGUCCUCUUUGCAAGAAGCACCACAGGGCAGCCACUGAGUAG